CUGGAAUUUAGAAAUACAAGUAGAUCCUGUCCCUGGCAGGCUGUACCACACCGCUGAGGGCGGGCUCUCUCACACACUCAGCGAACUCUCUAUCCACUUCUGGCAUUCUCUCUGUCUGUUUCUGCAGAUCUGACCGGCUCCAGAGCCCAUCACAAUGGCUGAUCACUCUUCUGAUUAUUUUAGCUGCUCCCUGUGUCAGAAUCUCCUCAGGGACCCAGUGGCUAUACCCUGUGGCCACAGUUUCUGCAUGGACUGCAUAAGUGGCUACUGGAACGAAGCGGACUACACUGGGAUUUACAUUUGUCCCCAGUGCAAGAUCACAUUCACCCAGAGGCCGGUGCUGCGACCCAACGCCACCCUGAGCAUGGUGGCUGAGAAGAUCAAGAAGAGUGGCCCCAACCUCAACCUGAGCACAUCCCAGGGAAACAUCUACGCCUCGGCCAACGACGUGCCCUGCGACUUCUGCAUUGGGAAGAAGCUGAAGGCGGUGAAGUCCUGCCUAAACUGUCUGGCGUCUUACUGCGAGAAGCACCUGAGGCCGCACUACGAGUCAGCCACGUUCAAAAGGCACAAGCUGGUGGAUGAGCUGGGGAACCUGGACAGGAAGAUCUGUCCUCAGCACCAGAAGUCCCUGGAGCUCUUCUGCCGGACGGACCAGAUGUGCAUCUGUGCCAUCUGCACUGUCAGCGAGCACAGGGGCCACGACAUUGUGUCUGCCGAGGCGGAGAGGAGCGAGAAACAGAAACUGUUGGGAGUUUCCCAAGCUGAGAUUAGACAAAAAUGCCAGGAAAGGGUGAAGGACCUGGAGGAACUCAAGACUGCUGUAGAUUCACUUAAGAACUCGGCCCAGAGAGCCAUGGUGGAGAGCCAGAAGAUGUUCGAAGACAUGAUUCGCUCCAUCGAGAGGAUGAGGUCAGAGGUGACAAAGCUGAUCGGCAUCAACGAGAAGGCCGCUUUCAACCAGGCCGAGGCGUUGAUCGAGCGACUGGAGCAGGAGAUUGACGAGCUGAAGAAGAAGGAGUCCGGCCUCAAGCAGCUGCACAGCACCGAUGACCACAUCCACUUCCUGCAGAACUUUAACUACCUGUGCACCCCGACUGAUGACGGCUUCAUCCCCAAAGUGACGGUUAAUCCCGACUUCACCUUCGCCUCGGUCAGGAAAGCCGUGGCUGAGAUCAAAGAGCGCCUGGAGGAGUACGGCAGAGAGGAGCUGCUCAAAAUUUCCAAAUCAGUGAAUGAAGUCCCGAUCUAUACUACUGCGAGCCGGACGUUGGACCGCAGGAGCAAAGGUAAAGAAAUGACGGUGGACAAUACUCCUCCUCCAGAACCAAGGGCCAGAGCUGAUUUUAUCAAAUAUUUCUGCCAGCUGAAGCUGGAUCCCAUCACCGCCUACAAAGAGCUCUACAUCUCAGAGGGCAGCAGGAAGGUCAUCCGCACCAGAGACCUGCAGCCCUACAGCGACAACCCGGAGAGGUUCGACAGCUUCGCCCAAGUGCUGUGCCGGGAGGCCCUGUCUGGAGGCCGUUUCUACUGGGAGAUCGAGUGGAACGGGGAAUUCUCCAUCGGGGUGGCCUACAAAAGCAUCAGCCGGAAGGGGAAAGGCUCGCUGUGCCUGCUGGGCUACAACGACAAAUCCUGGAGCCUCCUCUGCUCUGACACGGGAUACUCCGCCUGGCACAACCGGGUGGACAAACCCGUCAGCGGGCCUCACUCGUCCAGGAUAGGCGUGUACCUGGACCACACGGCGGGCGUGCUGGCGUUUUACAGCAUAGGCAGCUCCAUGACGCUCCUGCACAAGUUUCACACCACGUUUGUGGAGCCCGUCUACCCGGGCUUCGGGGUCGGAACGUCUGUGAAAAUCUGCAACGUCAAGUGAACAUUUCUAUCUUCACCUGGAGAUAUUCAGAAAUGUUUCUUUUAUCUUAAAACAUACAGCAUUAACGUGUAAAUUUUGCUGAAAUGAACAACAUUAUCAAACCACACUAAUAGUUUAAUUAUGUUUAAAGGAGAAUUUGUUUUUUGUUUUUUAAACUCAACUCAUGCCAUUCUGUAUUCGAUUUUGCACUGCAGUAAAUCCCAGCUUCCAGAAGCUGUAUUGUAAUGAACAAUCAACACGUGGAGCAGCUGAUAUCUCCUUUAUAAUUUUACAAUGUGUCGGAGUGGAGUGAAUGUAACCAUCAAAGUGACAUUUAUUACACUCAGUCCACAAAUUGUGUUUCUUCCUCACAUCUAUUACACAUAAUUUACACUUUAUUCAGCUUAAACUAUUUAAUCAAAACCAGCAUAAGCGCUUUCACAUUUUCUAAUUUUGUUAUGAUUUAUUUUUGUAAUAAAAAGCUCCAGAGCAGUUGUUACGAUCAUUCACUAUUUGAAUAUGAAUGAGCUUUACAGGGAGGGUUGUUUUGGUUUGAUGCUUUCAGUUCAUUCUGAAGAAUGCUUCAUCAUCAUUUCAUUUUUGUUUGCAGUUAUUUGAUAGCUGUUGCAUCAGCUGAGAGCUCUGAACGUUUUUCACUUGAACUAACUCUUAUUUAAUUAUAUGUAUGUUUUGCAAUAAUUAUGUAAUUCAAAUAAUGAAAACUUUUUGUAAAAAAAGAUAUAGAAUAAAGAAUAAAUACACAAUUUGG